AUGGACCCACCAUUGGUCGCCAGCAACGGGGAUUCUAACACAGUGACUGAAGCUCCCCUUUGCGCGAUAUGUUCCGCGCAGCUGGCCUUGGAUGACGCCGAUUCCGGUGGGGCCCUGAAGAACGAAGAUGGCGUAUCGGUGCUAUACUUCCCACAUGCCGACUCGUUCAGGUCCGUUACAGACACGAGUCGUGAGAUUGUGGAUUCUGAUAGCAUUUGGAAGGGGGGAGUUGUUUAUGAGCGAACGGUGACGCCACCUAAUCUGCCGGAACUCUCCGAUUCCUUUCCGUGCAAGUUCUGUCUUGCGCUGAAAAUAUCGCUGCUAGAUCGCUACGGUGACUGCCUCUGGUGGAAAAACCCCUCUCAACCUCUGCAAAUCGAGGGAAGGUAUCAAUGGUACUCGCCCCCAGAGACACGGAAAGCGGAUAAGGGUCCAUAUUUCCGACUAAGAGCGUUGUCUAUAACUUACAGCCACCCCGAAAUGGAAAACACUUAUCAUCAAACAAAGCCGGAUAAGUUUCCAAUCAUGGCAGAACCUGGUCGCUGUAGAGAUUGGCUUCACAUCGAGCGAACUCCUAUUGCCCUGCAAGGACCUACGUCCGAAAAGGUCAUGCCUUUGAUCAAGAAAUGGAUCAAAGAAUGCGAUUCAAAUGAAGAGUGCGUAGAGUUUCGCGAGUUUUCCAAAAACAAAGCAAAUUUCUUACCAACACGACUCCUAUAUCUUGGCGAUGGUACAACAGGCCAGUGUCCCCAAAUUGUGGAGACGAGAGAUUUACUUGAAGAUCGUUCAGAAAUGGCCAAGCAGCAGUUACAAUACGCAUGCCUCAGCUACUGUUGGGGGUCCGAUUUGCCGCUGACCACAACUUCCAGUACAUUGUCGAGGUACAAAUCGGAGUUACCAGAACACAAGAUGCCACAGAUUUUUCAGGACGCAAUUGCCGUGUCCCGCGGGCUUGGUAUGCAGUAUCUCUGGAUCGACGCCAUUUGCAUCCUACAAGAUGUACUCGAAGACUGGGAAAGAGAGUCCCUUAUGAUGUCCGACAUUUUUUAUCAUUCCUUCGUCACCAUCGGCGCAGCAACCGCGAGGAGCUGCCGUGAUAGCAUUUUCAGUCCAAGAGAAGAUCUCUCUUGUACCUUGAGCUUUCAGUCCUCGCUCUCAAAGGAGGUCGUAGGGUCAUACUGCAUUUAUCUCUCUAAAAUGCUCGAAAAACCCUCUGAGAUCGACUUGUCCAAUUCUAUCUGGGCAAGCCGAGGCUGGGUUUGGCAAGAGCAGAUUAUGGCCCAGAGGCUUCUUGUAUUUGGUGAAAAGAUGGUACAUCUGAAAUGCCACGGUUACAUCUAUUCUGAGGAUGGAACUGUGGGUAACGUUUCCUCGAGUUAUAUCCUCAGAGCAUCGAGAUUUCAGACUUCAUAUAUCUCACCUGAUGAUUGGGAGACGUGGAUGAUUGAUUUCAGCGGCAGGCAGUUCACUUUUCCCAGCGAUAAGCUGGCCUCUGUAUCCGGUCUCGCUCUAGCAUUCGAAAGAGUAAUGCCUACUCAAGGCCAACCCUCGGAGUAUCUUGCGGGACAUUGGCGGAAUGAAUACUUUGAUGUCAGCCUGCAAUGGGCUAUUACUCCAGAGAAUAAGGUUUCCUUCCACAACAUGAUCAAGGAUCUACAUGACCCUGAAAAAUACUGCGCGCCUUCAUGGAGCUGGGCGUCAAGGAACCAAGGCCAGCUUAUCAUGCUGAACCUGCCGCCCGAUCCGAGGGAUACAAAAGCGGACUUCGAGUUUAUAUCAAACAAUCUGGUUGCUGCGAAGUCAAAUGUCCGAGUUAGAACGAGACCAGGUUCGUUUGUCACGCUCCGAGGAAGGGUCCGUUCCUUCGCUUGUCCUCCAACUGAGAACGCUGAGCCCUAUGACCUGCCCGAUUUUGUAACCUCCUGUGCGGAGUGGAAAGCCUCUGUUACUGGAGGUACGAUUUAUUAUUUCCUCGAUUGGAACCCUCUGCUAGACGAUACCUCGUGGGAGGAACUCAAGCUAUCUCUGCGGCUUUUCCUUUUGACAAAUAUUGGUCUGGGGCUUGUUUUGUUAUCAGAAACAAAAUAUGGGCCUGGGUUUCUGCGGGUGGGCACAUUCGUAUUUACGUCCUCGAAGGGAGGCAUGGAUGGUUCAAGUUGGACACAAUAUGGAUUUAUUUUUGAUAACUUAAAAUCCGACUUUCUUCAAACUGGCUGGAAUGUGGAAAAUGUGGUGCUCUACUAA